CCCCUCGAAAAACUCCCACGUUUGCAUCUACCACCACCGAGGCACCCACCUCUUCGCGUCUCCCCCAGAUCCGUCGAUUCGUUCGGACCACCCCUCCUCCCUUCGCCUCGGCUCCAAACCGCCGCGGGAGAGCAAUUCCGCCGGAUUGGAUUCGACAUGAAUCCCGAGUAUGACUACCUUUUCAAACUUCUGCUUAUUGGUGAUUCUGGUGUUGGGAAGUCAUGCUUGCUCCUCAGAUUUGCGGAUAAUUCGUACUUGGACAGCUACAUCAGCACAAUUGGAGUUGAUUUUAAAAUUCGGACAGUAGAGCAAGAUGGGAAGACCAUCAAGCUUCAAAUUUGGGAUACUGCUGGGCAAGAACGUUUCAGAACAAUCACAAGCAGCUACUACCGAGGAGCUCAUGGAAUUAUUAUUGUAUAUGACGUGACAGACCAAGAAAGCUUCAACAAUGUGAAGCAAUGGUUAAACGAAAUUGACCGUUAUGCAAGUGACAAUGUUAACAAGCUCCUUGUUGGGAACAAGAGUGAUCUAACUGCCAACAAAGUUGUGUCAUCUGAAACAGCAAAGGCGUUUGCUGAUGAGAUGGGCAUCCCAUUCAUGGAGACAAGUGCCAAAAACGCCACCAAUGUGGAGCAGGCCUUCAUGGCUAUGGCCGCGUCCAUCAAGGACAGGAUGGCCAGCCAGCCAGCCGCAGCAAACGCAAGGCCACCGACGGUGCAGAUCCGUGGGCAACCUGUCAACCAGAAGACGUCUUGCUGCUCGUCCUAAGAUUAUCUGGUUUCUUUCCUUCCGUGUGUAAACUCGACGGCUCGACGCACUAUUAGAGCCGAUUGCUCACUCAAAUGUAUUUGCGUUAUUCAUUCUGAACGAACUCCCUUGCUGAUCAGAUGGUUAGAGAGCUGCAAAUAUGUAAGAACUUCGCUGAGAGGCUCUUUUGUGUUCUCUCAACUAAGGAGCAAACAGCAUCAGUUUAUUUCA